AUGCUUCACUUCCCAUGGGGCUUUGUGGUUUUCCUUCCAUUCCUUCUCAGCCUUGCCUCUGAUACCCACCACGACCCUUGCUAUGAUGUCAACCGACAUCCACACUACUGCCUCCCGGAACUGUCUGAACUGGCAUCAGGGCGUUUGGCGGAAGCGUCCAGCACAUGCGGCAGGCCUCCUGGGCGAUUGUGCGCCUUCCGGGAUUCAACUGACACCGCCUCCAAAUUCUGCCAGCGCUGCAAAGAAAACUCCCACCCACCAGAAUAUCUCACAGACAUGGAUGGCGGCGCUACCUGCUGGUGGUCCCAGCCGGCAGCCAAUGCCACACUUACUUUGGCACUGGGACGCCGUGUUGAGAUUCUCUAUGUGGCUCUCCGAUUCUGUUCCCCACGCCCAGAAUCCCUGGCUAUUUACAAGUCUAUGGAUUAUGGACGCAGUUGGGUGCCCUUUCAGUUCUUUUCUGCGCACUGUCGGCGGCGCUACCACUUGCCAACCACCACUGUUAUUUUGAAGUCCAUGGAGCAUGAGGCGGCUUGCAUUGAUGCCCAAACCGCCCCUAAGCCUCUAGCUGGUGGAUUGGUAGCCUUUAUGCCUCUAGCAGGCCGUCCCUCAGCCAGGAUGUUUGAGUAUAGUCCUGUCCUCCAGGACUGGGUGACUGCCACAGACCUCCGGGUGUCAUUUGACCGCAUGCAUUCAACACGGACGCUGGGGCUGCGAAGAAGAGAGGCAUCCUAUGGGGUGGCUGAGCUGCAGGUCGGGGGCAGAUGCAAAUGCAACGGGCAUGCAUCACGGUGCACAGCUGGGAAAGACGGCGGGGUGCCCCAAUGUGAUUGCCAGCACAACACAGCUGGGCCAGAAUGUGACACCUGCAAGGCCUUCUACUGGGAUAGACCCUGGCAACGGGCAACACCCAAAGAUGCGCAUGAGUGUGUGGCUUGCAACUGCCACCGCCACUCCCACCGCUGCCGCUUCAGCAUGGAACUGUUUGAACUGUCAGGGCGCCAAAGCGGGGGGAUCUGCUUGAACUGCCGACACCACACAGCUGGGCGCCAUUGCCAGUAUUGCUUGCCAGGCUUCAGACGUGACCUUGGCCGCUCCAUCACAAGCAGCAAGGCCUGCAGGGCUUGCCAGUGUCACCCCAUUGGAGCAGUUGGGGCCAUUUGCAACCAGACGACUGGGCAGUGCCAGUGCAAGAACGGGGUCACUGGGCUGACCUGCAAUCGCUGUGCCCAGGGUUUCCAGCAAAGCCGCAGCGCUCACACCCCCUGCAUUCGGAUCCAGGAAGUGAUGACAACUACGAUGGUUCCCCCACAGGAAUGGAACACAGGCACUGAAUGUCAAGCUCACUGUAAACCACCACGAGGACGUGUCCACAUGAACUUGAGGAACUACUGCAAGAAGGAUUAUGUUCUCCAUGCACAGCUGUUGGCCAUGGAAAAGUCAGGCACAUGGUGGAAAUUUACUGCCACCGUCUUGACCAUUUACCGUCAGCGUCACGUACCCAUUCGCCGGGGUGAACAGCCAUUCUGGGUGCCUGAGCAAGAUCUGGCAUGCCGGUGCCUCUAUCUCCAAGUCAGCAAAUCUUACCUGAUUAUUGGAAAUGAUGAAGAAUCGCCGGACCCAGCCCGCUUAAUUCUUGAUAAAAAUACUCUGGCCCUGCCUUGGAGGGAUGCCUGGGCAUAUAAACUGCGCAGUUUCCAGCAGCAAAGCAGAAGAGGAAAAUGCCGGGUUGCCUGA